GUCAACAAUAAGACGACUUAGCAACAGUUAAACAACGAUAUUAACCACAGAAUCAGGAAGUUUUAACCUCUCAAUCAAACCUGCCGUCGAAAAACACAAGAAAUGCUCAUUUAACAAUCUUUUUUAUUCUAAAUUAGGCUCUGAAAAACAGAGAUGCCACUGUGUCCAAAUACUCCAACAAAGAAAAAGCUCUUAACUUUAGAAAGGACUGACAUUUGGAGAAAUAAAAGACUAAUACCAGGUCUAAAAACAAGCCCAAAAGACAGAAAAAGAGAAUAAAGACGAUAGUAAUACAGACUAAAGGCAGAAAACUGUUCACUAUCUAACUGAUCAGACUCAUUUAAAUAUCUUUGAAUGGCAACAUGAUGGUAAAAGUGUUAACUUUAGUUUAGUGCAGUUAAAAUGGAGUCAGAGGCAUCUGAUCUGCUGAUCAUGUGGAAUAUGUCAACAGUUAGGAGACUUACCAGCUGGUUAAAAACAACAUUCAUCAUAGAAUCAGGUAGUUUUACACUUUUUCUCAAAAUGGCCGUCCAAAAACACAAGAAAUGCUGAUUUAACAACCUUUUUCUUCCAAAUAGACAACUGAAAAACAGAGAUGCCACUGUGUCCAAAUACUCCAACAAAGAAAAAGCUCCUUACUAAAGAGAAGACUGAUAUUUGGAGAAAUAAAAGACUAACACCAGGUCUAAAAAAGGUCAAAAGACAGAAAAAGAGAAUAAAGACGAUAGAAAUACAGACUAAAACAGUUCAAUAUCUAACUGAUCAGACUCAUUUAAAUAUCUUUGAAUGUCAACAUGAUAGUUAAAGUGUUAACUUUAGUUUAGUGCAGGGUAAAAUAAGGUCAGAAACCACAAACAGGCCUGAAUCUUUAGUUCUCCCAUAUUGAAGCUAAACUGGAGCGUGUGUGAAGUGAAGUUCCAGAAAAACACUUAAAGAAAGUGAAUCAACAUAAAACAACAACUUUCAAAUCUAUGAAUGAAUCCAGGGAGACAACAUCUGGGUAAUGUAGUUUCUUUAUAUUUCUACUUUAGUGUUUUCUACCAUCAUAUUUCACAGGAAUCCACAACCAAACUCUGUCACUCUGUUCAUUUAAACUUAUUCUCUGUAUUUUAUCUUUUACCUCUUUUAUCUUAUUUCAGUUUUACCGUCUUUUUAUCUUUUGUUAAACUUGAACUCUUUUCUUUAUUAACCUUUCAGGCCUUUUAUUGUUUUAUCUCUCGCUCAUUUCUGUUGCUCUAUUUUAUCAUUACUCUUUUUUAUCAGAAUUACCUGUUAUUAUUUUAUUAUCAUUGUUGUCUUUUAUAUUUACUAUCCACUUUUAACCCCCCCUCUAUUAUUUUCUUUCUAACGGAGAAAAAAAAAACAGACAUUACUGCAGUUUGAUAUUAAUUCCACUAGGUGGCGACAAAAGCCCAAGAUCAGUUCAGUCCAUAAACUCAGAGUUUGAUCCACCAGCUCAUCAAUAAUUCAGGAUCAGAAGCUGCAGGUUAAAUGAACCGAGAGUUCUGGUUCGGACAGCUGGAGGUGAAAUGGUGAGAUUACAGCAGAUUAUGGAUUAAAACACUUUAAUCUGUUUUAUCACUGAAGUCUCUCAUUCCUGCAACAGGAACCGGUUUUUGGGUUUAACUGUUAAAAGGGGGUCUCUCAGGCCUGUAGGUGGUUCGGCUCUGGUUCUGGGUGUCCUCAGUUUUAAUGAGACAAUAAUCCCUUCAGAAUGGACGAUGAUUCCUCCUCUGUAGGUGACACAGACUUCACAGUCGAGUUGAGAAGCUUGUGUUCGGUGCCGCAUGUUAAUCGAUUAACUUUGACUAAUCGGUGCUGUUCGAGGAAAUCCCUGCGGAGUGCGGAUCCCUGAUUUCCCUGUUUGCUACUUCUCCAUUCAUGACAUGCUGCUGAGGUUUAUGAUCCUGUCUGCACUGCGCUGCGUCAAGAUAACUGCAGACAGACAGAGAGAGGCCGGAAACAGUCAGGAGGCUUCAAAAUAAAAGUCUGAACUGACUGAUCAUGAGAUGAAAAACUCAGGAUGAAACCGAUUAAUUCAUUAGAACGGAUAAUAAGUAAACCUGUGUUAGUUUUUAGAAAGGUUUGUGGUGAUAACGGUCCGUGUGUUUCCUUCUUUUUAGUUUCUCUCAGAUAAUAAUUUAUGGGAUAAAACAAAAGUGUAUGUGGUCUGUCUGCUCUGCUGCCCCCUGGUGCACACACAUUAACUUCAAUAUUUAGUUGUACUUGAAUCAGAGGAAAGAGAGAAGACUGAGUUUAAGGUUUGGUUCAAGAGUUUGUUUGUGUUUUCUUUAUUUUAGAUCCACCGUUAGAAACAACAGAAUCUGCGGUAACUCCUCCUCCUGUGGUCUUUAUCUGCUUUUCCAUUUUCAUUUUGAACUUAGACUUAAACUUACUGAUGUUACACUUACGUAACACUGAUUCUGCACUUCAAUUACUCUGUGUCGUGUUUGACCAGAUUACCGUACCGUCAUCUAAGUGUUAAAGCACAGGUUCCUGUAUUGUUUGUUUGAUCAUGUUGCUCUGCAUUGAUCUCCCACAGUCUUACAGUCUUUAUCCAGGUCAACUCUUUUAUUACAGCUGUAAGUUAAACAGGAAACUAAAUCUUCACUUUUCUCUAAAUUCCGUCUGUUUUUAAUUCCAGUUAAAGUUUUCACUGAAGAUAAAUGAGCAGCCUGUCUUUGUGCCUUAAUUUGAACAUAAACUUGCAUAGGGGUUUAUUUUGAAAAGGCACUUCCGGUCGUGAUUCGGUGUGGUUCUUUGUAACUUUACAAACGCGCACUUCAAUGCCAACUUUGUGGGCGCACAGGCGCACUGCUCACAGUCCAACACGGUCUGCACUGAGGAGAGGAGCCGGAGUCCGCUCGGAGAGAACAUUUCUGAUUCUGGGUCUGAAGGAGGUCUGGAGGUUCGACUCACAGACUCAGAGUACAGAACCCGGGUACGAGGGACCACUUCAUCAGAACACUUCUGUGGAAAAAUCUGGACUCUUUCUCUGACGGACUUGUUGACAGCACGAUGUGGGGGAUCCAGAGGACCCGGUAUGCGGACUGUAACGGUUCCGAGGCCAGUGAGGAGACGGAGAUCGUGGUCAACAUCGGCGGGGUGAAACAGGUGCUGUACGGGGACGUGCUGAACCGGUACCCGGACACCCGGCUGGCUGAACUGGUGACCUGUUCCCACAAGUCCAACGAAGAAAUCUCGUCUUUGUGUGACGACUACGACCCCGAGACAGGGGAGUUUUAUUUUGACAGAGACCCCGAAGCCUUUAAGUGCAUCAUAGAGCUCUACUAUUACGGAGAGAUCCACAUGAAGAGAGGGAUCUGUCCCAUCUGCUUCAUGAAGGAGAUGGAGUUCUGGAAGAUCGACUCGGAUCUUCUGGAUGAAUGUUGUAAAUGUCAGCUGAAGGAGGUGGAGGAUGAACUCGCGGAGAUUGCGGAGAAAGUGAGAACUAUCCUGGUGGACCGGGAGGGAGAUCCGUCUGCGGGGGGCUGGCAGCGGUUCCAGAUGUGUCUGUGGAGGCUGAUGGAGAAGCCGGACUCCUCUCUCCCUGCGCACAUCAUCGCCAUAGUCUCAUUUAUCUUCAUCCUGGUCUCCUCUGUGGUGAUGUGCGUGGGGACCAUCCCUGACCUGCAGGUGGAGGACUCGGAGGGUCACCUGACGGAGCACCCGACUCUGGAGGUCAUCGAGACGGUGUGCAUCGGCUGGUUCACCAUCGAGUACCUGCUGCGCCUGAUCUCCUCCCCGAACAAAGUCAAAUUCGUCCUGGCUUUCAUGAACAUCAUCGACUUCAUGGCCAUCAUGCCCUUCUACGUGGUCCUCAUCCUCACCUGCUUCGGCGCAGGGGUGAUGGAGCUGGCGAACGUGCAGCAGGCGGUGCAGGCUUUACGCAUUAUGCGCAUUGCGCGCAUUUUCAAGCUGGCACGACAUUCGUCCGGACUCCAGACCCUGACCUCAGCUCUGAAGAGCAGCUUCAAGGAGCUCGGGCUGCUCCUCAUGUACAUGGGUGUGGGGGUCUUCCUGUUCUCCGCCCUGGGGUACACCAUGGAGCAGAACCACCCGGACACUCUGUUCACCAGUAUCCCGCAGUCCUUCUGGUGGGCUGUGAUCACCAUGACCACCGUGGGCUACGGAGACGUCUACCCAAAGACCACUUUAGGGCGCUGUAACGCGGCCAUCAGCUUCCUGUGCGGAGUGAUCGCGAUAGCCCUGCCCAUCCACCCCAUCAUCAACAAUUUCGUUUUGUUUUACAACAAGCAACAGGUCCUGGAGACCGCAGCCAAGCACGAGAUCGAGCUGAUGGCUCUGCGCUCCGACGCAGCCGAGCUGGACGCUGCACCCGGGGCGCAUAAACACAGCUGCGGCGCAGGAGUCUGGGAUAACAGCAUGCGCUCCUGCCACAGCGACACUUACAUCCCCCUACUGAAGGACCCCCGGGGAGGGGCAGGGAUCCGGGGUCCCAGCAUGGACACCAGCUUUGAGAGCACAGCCGAGGCCACCGAGUACUUCAUCUGAAGGAGGGAGAGAGAGAGAGAGAGAGAGAGAGAGAGAGAGAGAGAGAGAGAGAGAGAGAGAGAGAGGGAUCAUCUCUGUCUCCAAACUCUCUCAGAGCCUGAUGGAGACACACUUGUACAUACAGCCCCUGAGGAACAGCAGGACUGCAGUAGUGGUCUCUGGGGACUUGGACACAGCUGAGGAGCGGCGCUCAUUAACAGGACAGAUGUGUGAGAUAUUGACUUUAUGAGCAGUGAAUCAUCCCCACAGACAGACAGACGGACAGACGGAGGGUCUCUUUAUGAACAGCCAAUACACUGAUUGUCCCCCCCCCCCCAUGUAGGCUCCUUAUGUAACAGCCCCUCAUGCACACUCAUACUGUAGACUGCACUGUAGCUCACUUCUCUGUAUCAUAAUGAUGUUUUUUAACAAUAAAGAAGGCAGCUGCUCCGGGUGAGAACGGGGAGUGGUCCGCUCAUCAUUUAUCAGGAGAGAAAGUGGAAAAAAAACAAACUUUAAAAUCAGUUUUAGAGACGGAGAGGAAAUAAAACCUUUAAUAUUUUCAUAAAGAGAGAAAGACUCGAUCAGGACCUCUGUUUAUUCCUCAUAAACAGUGUUUUCGUGUCUCUAGGAUCGUGGGAUUCUGAGUUGGUGUCUCUGAUAUCAAACUACUGAGCAGGACUUUACAGGAGCAGCUGCAGGAUCAUGUAACCGACACCAGAACCUCCCAAGAAUCCCGGGCUGCACAUGUCCAACAGGCAGCCGUAGAUAGUCUGAGUAGAUGUUCACUGGAAUAACCCGACCGAGGACAGAGAAGACCGAGUCAGGAUCAGAGUUCAGGACAGAAGAUUUCAGAUAAUAAAACAGAAAAAGAUCCAGACCUGAGGAGUCCAACAGGUUCACCGACAUAAUACCGGUCCAAAAGUCUGUUCUGUUCAAACGUCUGUUCGUAUUUCAGCUCUUGACUUGAUGAACGAAUGAGUCAGACUCACAAACAGACUCUAAAUGGACUUAAUGGGCUCCACUGUAUAUCUGUAAAAAAGCUUUUAAUUCUCUGAGUCUGAAAGGUCUGAACUCCGACUCCAUUAGUCUGAGUGACACCAGCCCCCCGCACAAACAGAACCACCUCCAGAACCUGCAUUAGAGAGUAUUAUUAAAGCUGAUGUUAGUCUGUCAGAGCGCUCAGAGGUUCAUAUUUUAAAGAGUCUGGAGCCCUUCCUCUCCUUCUCUCUUCAGCUCUUCCAUAAAACAAACGUCUUUUGUUCUUUUCUUAAUUAUUCUCUUCACAGUGUGUGGGCUAAACCUCCGCUCGCUGAAGGAAACAGUCCAACACUUUCCCACACUUCAUGACCUCUCUGUAAUAAGAAUCAAACACAACAACCAUUUCACUCCUUUCACUCUCACUCACUACAUUUACUAAACUCACAGAAACGAAGGUGAUGAAGGUGAAGGUGAUGAAGGUGAAGGUGAGUUUGUCCUCCUCUCAUUCUUUCGUUAAAGAUGAAGAUCUCAUAUCUUCUCAUAUCUUCAUGUUAAUCCUCAAACAAGACUCUGAGCGAUCACCCCUCGGUCCUGAUGGGAUUAACCUUCCUCCUGUGUUCGCUCUGACCUCACACCCUCCAUGUUCAGGGUCGGUUCUGACCCGGGUCUUAAAUCAGCUGUAAAUUAAAAACAGUUCUCUAUCAUCCAGUUUGGUUCUCAUCUCCAGGUUUCCGUGUUCGACUUCAUUAUCCAUGAAAAUAUUGAUGAUAAUAGUUUUUGUUGUGGUCCUCACACAGACGUCUGUACUGACCUGAUCUCACAUGUUCAGACAGAGAAAAACAUGAAAAAUGAGAAUUUCUUAAAUCUCACAUGAAGAGGAUCUGACUGUCAGCACACUGAUUCUGAUUAUUAGAUAUUGAUCUAACCGGGUCAACAGCGACACUAAUACAACAAGCGCCAUAAUUCUAAUGAGAGAAUUUUAUUAUUAAGUUAAUUAAAUGUUUUUAUUUAGUUGAAAUUAAAGUUCCUGACAAAGUCAAAAA